GAUACUAGAUAUAGUCAAACAAACCGGCAGGGAACCCACACAUACACACACGAUAUCCCUCGAUCUGUCAAGGCGUCAACCUCCCUCACCAACCACCAACCAUGGCGGCGGCGGCGGCAGCAGCAACCACCACCACAUUUUCCACCACCUUAACCCACCGUCACCACCACCACAACCAACCACCACCUUCAAUCACCACCUUCCACCCCUUCAAUCCCACCAAAAAAUCCUCAUCAUUCAAACCCCUAAAAUCCUCCCAAACCCUAACUCGCCACACCCCCAUUUCCGCCACCUCAUCACCAUCAUCCACCCAAUCAGCGACGUCGUUUCACGGAAAAUGCUACGUUGUCCGUGACAACAUCGACACCGAUCAAAUCAUCCCGGCCGAAUACCUAACCCUAGUCCCAUCAAAACCCGACGAAUACAAAAAACUCGGUUCAUACGCCUUAAUCGGUCUCCCUGCAGCCACAUACACGACCAGGUUCAUUGAACCUGGAAAAUACGAAUCCGAAUACAAAAUCAUUAUCGCAGGCGACAAUUUCGGGUGCGGUUCGUCUCGAGAACACGCGCCUGUUUGUUUAGGUGCUGCUGGAGCGGUGGCGGUUGUAGCGGAAUCUUAUGCGAGGAUUUUUUUUAGGAAUUCGGUUGCGACCGGAGAAAUAUAUCCGUUGGAAUCGGAAGUUAGGGUUUGUGAUGAAUGUAGUACUGGUGAUUUGGUAACAAUAGAACUAGAGGGGAGUUUGUUGGUGAAUCAUACUACUGGAAAAGAGUAUAAGUUGAAACCUAUCGGUGAUGCUGGUCCUGUUAUUCAAGCUGGGGGGAUUUUCGCUUAUGCUCGUAAAGCCGGCAUGAUUCCUGCUUAAAUUAUACCAUCACUUUUCAGGUCACUAUGUACUGAUUAGUUCUUCCGUAGGCUUGGCUUUGUAGGCAACAACCAUCUCAAGGCUACAUAUCCAUGUCAGGGAAGAAACCAUGUGCUUGGGGUAAUAUGUUUUUUUUUUCUUUGCAUUGAUGUAAAACUUGCAAUAAAAUUAUCGUUUUUUGUGAUUUCAUUGAUCUUGGUUUUGUUAUGUCAACAAGUCUGAAUCAUUUACCCUAUUAAAAUCGUCUCAAAUGCUGAAAGGAACAAAAAAUGUUUGCUUAA